CGGGCGCCGUUGGCCAGCGAGCCCCGCGGGCCGGGCCGGGCCGGGCGGCCGCCAGCAUGUCCGAGCCGGCCGUGCCCGCCGACCUGUUCCGCGACGUCAAGUACUACGCGGUGGGCGACCUGGACCCGCAGGUGCUGCGGCUCCUGAAAGCGGGGAAGGCCAAGGAGGUGUCCUACAACGCGUUGGCCUCGCACAUCAUCUCCGAGGACGGGGACAACCCUGAGGUCGGCGAGGCCCGGGAGGUCUUCGACCUGCCCGUCGUGAAGCCUUCGUGGGUGACUCUCUCUGUCCAGUGUGGAACCCUGCUGCCAGCGAGCGGCUUCUCCCCAGAGUCCGGCCAGGUCUUCUCUGGAGUCGCUGCCUGCCUCUCUCAGGUGUCGUCUGAGGACAGAAGUGCCCUGUGGGCUCUGCUCACCUUCUACGGGGGCGCCUGCCAGCUGGCGCUCACCAAGAGAUGUACGCACCUGGUGGUCCCCGAGCCCAAGGGGGAGAAGUACGCCUGUGCUGUGAAGAGGGCGAGCGUGAGGGUCGUCACUCCCGACUGGGUCCUGGACUGCGUUUCUGAGAAGACCCGGAAGGACGAGGCGGCCUACCACCCUCGCCUCAUAGUCUACGAGGAGGAGGAGGAGGAGGAGGAAGAGGAGGAGGAGGAGGAGGAGGAGGAGGAGGCGGCGGAGCACGAGGAGCAGGACUCGCAGAACGAGGGGAGCACGGAUGAGAAGUCGAGCGCGCCCAGCUCCCAGGGGGCGUCCCCGGGGGGCGGGCGCUUCUCCCCCUCGGCGCGGCCCGCGCAGGCCCGGGGGGAGCUGAUGUUCGACGACUCCUCGGACUCGUCCCCCGAGAAGCAGGAGCGGAACCUGAACUGGACGCCCGCCGAGGUCCCGCCGGUGGCCGCCGCCGCCCAGCGCCGCCUGGCCCCGGGGAAGGAGCCGGGGCUCAUCAACCUGUGCGCCAACGUGCCGCCCGUGCCCGGGAGCGCCCUGGCCCCCGAGGCCCGGCCCGGCCUGGCCCUGCACGGCGGCGAGCGCCCCGAGAUGGUGGCCUGGAGCCCGGCCGUGCGCACGCUGCGCAACAUCACCAACAGCGCCGACAUGCAGCCCCCCGGCCGGCCCCCCAACGUGGCGCAGAUCCUGCAGUCCCUGUCGGCGCCGCCCAAGAGUCUGGAGCAGCCGCUGAACCACAGCCAGCCCGGGCCGGGCAGCGCCAGCGCCGCCCUCUUCAGCCCGCCCAGGGGCGCCCCGGAGCCGCGCCCCGCCCCGCCCGCCCUGCCGCCCCCCGCAGCCCCCCGUGCUGCGCCUGCCCCCCCCAGCAGCUCCUGCACCUGCAGCCGCCGCCGCCCUUCGCCCCGCCGCAGGCCCACGCCUUCCCCGCAGCCCCUGCACCGCCCGCUGCAGCCGCAGCUCCACCCGAUGCAGCAGUUCCACCCGCUGCAGCAGCAGCAGCAGCAGCAGCAGCGCCCGCACCCGCACCCACACCCGCACCCGCACCUGCACCCACAUCCGCACCCGCACCCCAUGCCCAGCACGCAGCCCCCGGGCCCGCCCGCCCAGCCGCUGCCCCCGCACCCGCCCCAGCCGCACCAGCUCUUCGGCCACGACCCCUCGGUGGAGAUUCCGGAGGAGGGCUUCCUGCUGGGCUGCGUGUUCGCCAUCGCCGACUACCCCGAGCAGAUGUCGGACAAACAGCUGCUGGCCACCUGGAAAAGGAUCAUCCAGGCCCACGGCGGCAUGGUGGACCCCGCGCUGUCCAGCCGCUGCACCCACCUGCUGUGCGAGAGCCAGGUCAGCGGCACCUACGCCCAGGCCAUCCGGGAGCGGAAACGCUGCGUCACGGCGCACUGGCUGAACACGGUGCUGAAGCGCCGGCGGCUACUGCCGCCACACCGGGCCCUGCACUUCCCGGUGGCCUUCCCGCCCGGGGGCAAGCCCUGCGCCCAGCAUAUCAUCUCCGUGACGGGCUUCGUGGACAGUGACAGGGAUGACCUGAAGCUCAUGGCGUACCUGGCAGGUGCCAAGUACACGGGCUACCUGUGUCGGAACAACACGGUCCUCAUCUGCAAGGAACCAGCCGGCCCGAAGUACGAGAAGGCGCGGGAGUGGCGGAUCCCGUGCGUGAACGUGCAGUGGCUCAGCGACAUCCUCCUGGGCAACCUGGAUGCCCUGCGGCAGGUGCAGGGUGGCCGCUACACGGCCUUCGGCCUGGCCGACCCCUUCGCGCCUGCGCCGGCGCUCGUCUUCAACCUGCUGGACGCCUGGCGGGUUCCCGUGAAGGUGUCGGCGGAGCUGCUGAUGGGCCUGAGAGUCCCCCCGCGCCUGAAGCAGAACGAAGGCACGGCCCUGCAGCCCUCGUCCAAGAGAGCCAGGGUCGAGGACGUCCCGGCACCCACGAAGAAGCUGACCCCGGAGCUGACCCCUUUCGUGCUCUUCACUGGCUUCGAGCCUGGCCAGGUGCAGCAGUACAUGAAGAAGCUGUACACCCUGGGGGGUGAGGUGGCUGAGUCCGUGCACAAGUGCACACACCUGGUGGCCAGCAAGGUGACACGCACGGUCAAGUUCCUGACGGCCGUGUCCGUGGUGAAGCACAUCGUCACCCCGGAGUGGCUGGAGGAGUGUUUCAGGUGCCAGAAGUUCAUCGACGAACAGAGCUACCUUCUCCGGGACGCCGAGGCCGAGGUGCUCUUCUCCUUCAGCCUGGAAGAGUCCCUGAAGAGGGCGCACAUGGCCCCCCUCUUCAAGGCCAAGUACUUCUACAUCACCCCCGGCAUCUGCCCGAGCCUGUCCACCAUGAAGGCCAUCGUGGAGUGUGCGGGGGGCAAGGUCCUGCCCCGGCAGCCGUCCUUCCGGAAGCUGGUGGAGCACAAGCACAACAAGAGCCUGUCGGAAAUCAUCCUGAUCUCCUGCGAGAAUGACCUGCACCUGUGCAGGGAGUACUUCGCCCGGGGAAUAGACGUGCACAACGCCGAGUUCGUGCUCACGGGGGUGCUCACGCAGACACUGGACUACGACUCGUAUAAAUUCCACUGACGGGUGGCGUCGCGCGGGCAGCCCUGGCGCCCGUGCAGCAGAGUUUUCCCGCCGCUGUCUCGGAUGACGAGCACGGGAGCAGGAGAACGACUAACCAUAGGCUACAUCUGAAGAGGUGUGAUUUUAAUAUGAGAAACAUAAAUUAUGUUUUGUACGAUAGGACCGGACGAGCCCACGUUCGGUUUUAUGAUUCAUUUGCCGGGUUUUUCAAUGUUUUCACGACACUGUUAAAGGAACUUUAGCUACAAAUGAAAUAUGUAAAUAAAGGCCUGAUAUCUCUAUAAAUUAUGGAUGUGAAAUUUCGAAACGUUUUGUACUUUAUUUUUAUUUCUGACACACUUUUCUUUUAUAUUGAUAUCUUGCCCACAUUUGAAAUAAAUGUACUUUUGAACUUAGAA